UUCUGAGCUGCGAUAUUGAUAGGCUACCAUAUUAAGACAUUUAAAAUAAAAAAAUAUAUUCAUUUCCCCAGAGUGGAUAAAAAGUAAGUAGCCUAUCCCAGCGUGUCAAAUGUAAUAGUGUGCUCUCACCUGAACAGUGCUGCAGUCCAUAACAUUAUUAUUAACCCAGAUUCAGGGUACAAGAUUGGAAGUGGAGAUGUUGGGAAAACAUUUUCUCUGGGUUUCUCUCCUUUCGGUGUCAAUUCCGUUAUGUUUCGCCGAAGACCUGAAGAGGGAUGCGCAUCUACAGCAUGAAAAUGAUUCAGUUUGGAGCCAAGGGAAACCCGGAAGACUGUUUGCCAGGAGACGGAUUUUGCCACAUCAGGGACAGCACCACGUUGCAUUUCAGAAACACGAGCCUGUCGCCCCUGCCCGGCGGUGUGGCCGUCUGAUGGAUAGCUGUGCCCCUCACACCCCCUGCUGUGACCCCUGUGCCUCCUGCCGCUGUCGCCUCUUCAACACCAUCUGCCACUGCUGGAGACUGGGCCCACAUUGCCCCAAGAAGACCUAGACACACACACACACACACACACACACACACACACACACACACACACACACACACACACACACACACACACACACACACACACACACACACACACACACACACACACACACACACACACACACACACACACACACACACACACACACACACACACACACACACCAUACAUAACUCUUCACCAUAUAUACACACACGACUGCCACUAUUGGAAACUGGGCCAGCACUGCCCCUAGAGGAACCAGAGACCCUGUACAGGCAAACACACACACUCACACAUACACAUCUCACAGAGACUGCUAGACAUCACACUGAUGCACUUGCACAGGUAAACACAUACGGAUACAAAAACAUGGACAUACUACACAGAUAUAUAUGCUUAAAUGAUUUGGACCUGAUGAAUGACACAUCACGUAUCGCAAGGCCCACAAAAUAGGUUCAAUGAAUACAUCACAUAUCGCAAGGCCCACAAUAUAGGUUCAAUGACACAUCACAUAUCGCAAGGCCCACAAUAUAGGUUCAAUGACACAUCACAUAUCGCAAGGCCCACAAUAUAGGUUCAAUGACACAUCACAUAUCGCAAGGCCCACAAUAUAGGUUCAAUGAAUACAUCACGUAUCGCAAGGCCCACAAUAUAGGUUCAAUGAAUACAUCACAUAUCGCAAGGCCCACAAUAUAGGUUCAAUGAAUACAUCACGUAUCGCAAGGCCCACAAUAUAGGUUCAAUGAAUACAUCACGUAUCGCAAGGCCCACAAUAUAGGUUCAAUGAAUACAUCACAUAUCGCAAGGCCCACAAUAUAGGUUCAAUGACACAUCACAUAUCGCAAGGCCCACAAUAUAGGUUCAAUGACACAUCACAUAUCGCAAGGCCCACAAUAUAGGUUCAAUGAAUACAUCACGUAUCGCAAGGCCCACAAUAUAGGUUCAAUGACACAUCACAUAUCGCAAGGCCCACAAUAUAGGUUCAAUGAAUACAUCACGUAUCGCAAGGCCCACAAUAUAGGUUCAAUGACACAUCACAUAUCGCAAGGCCCACAAUAUAGGUUCAAUGACACAUCACAUAUCGCAAGGCCCACAAUAUAGGUUCAAUGACACAUCACGUAUCGCAAGGCCCACAAAAUAGGUUCAAUGAAUACAUCACAUAUCGCAAGGCCCACAAUAUAGGUUCAAUGACACAUCACAUAUCGCAAGGCCCACAAUAUAGGUUCAAUGACACAUCACGUAUCGCAAGGCCCACAAUAUAGGUUCAAUGAAUACAUCACAUAUCGCAAGGCCCACAAUAUAGGUUCAAUGACACAUCACAUAUCGCAAGGCCCACAAUAUAGGUUCAAUGAAUACAUCACGUAUCGCAAGGCCCACAAUAUAGGUUCAAUGAAUACAUCACAUAUCGCAAGGCCCACAAUAUAGGUUCAAUGACACAUCACGUAUCGCAAGGCCCACAAAAUAGGUUCAAUGAAUACAUCACAUAUCGCAAGGCCCACAAUAUAGGUUCAAUGACACAUCACAUAUCGCAAGGCCCACAAUAUAGGUUCAAUGACACAUCACGUAUCGCAAGGCCCACAAUAUAGGUUCAAUGAAUACAUCACAUAUCGCAAGGCCCACAAUAUAGGUUCAAUGACACAUCACAUAUCGCAAGGCCCACAAUAUAGGUUCAAUGAAUACAUCACGUAUCGCAAGGCCCACAAUAUAGGUUCAAUGAAUACAUCACAUAUCGCAAGGCCCACAAUAUAGGUUCAAUGACACAUCACGUAUCGCAAGGCCCACAAUAUAGGUUCAAUGAAUACAUCACAUAUCGCAAGGCCCACAAUAUAGGUUCAAUGACACAUCACGUAUCGCAAGGCCCACAAUAUUUUCUAUGUAUGUAUAUAAACGAUGUAUGGAUGUGUUGUGGAUAUGUAACAGUAUAUGUUUCCUGCACAACUGUAUUAAUUCUGCUUUUGUAUAACUGUGCACCUCUGCUACUGUAGAUUGUAGGUCAUGUCGAGCCAAUGCUAACCCAUAAAAACAUCAAAUAACUUCCACAAACAUCCUCUCUAUAUUUUCUCUAUUGAAUAAAUAACUUUGUUAGCCUCA